CAGGAGUGUGUAAGUUCAAUGUCGAGUGUUUUAGCACUUCCUUGUGAAGCAGGACAGUGCCAUCAGCAGUCCAGGGCGUAUUUCAUACUGUGCAACAUAGUGUCGCCUCGCACGCCCGCUUUUAGGCAGGAACCACACACGGAAAGGUUGUCUUUGGCGUCUUUAAAUCUAACAGAAAAUGGCCCAGAAACCUCUUCUUCAGCUCCCCGAGUUCUGCAACGUCUCCACUGGCACACUGGUGGUCAAGGAGCCGCUGACUUAUUGGAAUGGUAGUAGGGUGAAACCUAAGGACACAAAGACUACUGAACCUGUGUACGAACCUGCAACCGGCCGAGUGCUCUGUGACCUGGUGCCCUGUGGAGAAGAGGAGGUGGACCAGGCCAUAAAGAGCGCCCACUCUGCCUUCCUAAAAUGGAGCAAGUUGUCUGGCAUGGAGAGAGCCCGCAUCAUGCUGGAAGCAGCUCGCAUCAUCAGGGAGCGCAGAGAUGAAAUAGCCAGAGUGGAAGUGGUCAACAAUGGGAAAUCCAUCACAGAAGCCCAGGUGGAUAUAGACAUAGCCUGGCAGUGCAUUGAAUACUAUGCUGGCAUUGCCCCAACUCUGGCAGGCCAACACAUCCAGCUCCCAGGAGGCUCCUUUGCCUACACCCGUCGUGAGCCUCUGGGUGUGUGUGUGGGCAUCGGUGCCUGGAACUAUCCCUUCCAGAUCGCAGCCUGGAAGUCUGCUCCGGCCCUGGCAUGUGGUAAUGCCAUGGUGUUCAAACCCUCCCCGAUGACACCCGUCACAGCAGUCAUACUGGCAGAGAUCUAUAAGGAAGCUGGGGCUCCAGACGGGCUCUUUAACGUGGUCCAGGGUGCGGCAGAGACCGGGACCCUAUUGUGCCACCACCCAAUGGUGGCCAAGGUGUCUUUUACAGGCAGCGUCCCGACUGGAAAGAAGGUCAUGGAGAUGUCCUCUAAAGGGGUGAAGCAGGUGACCCUGGAGCUGGGGGGCAAGUCUCCCCUGCUCAUCUUUAAGGACUGUGAGCUGGAGAAUGCCGUGAAGGGUGCGCUCAUGGCUAACUUCCUGACCCAGGGGGAGGUGUGCUGUAACGGCACCCGAGUGUACGUCCAGAGGGAGAUCAUGCCCCAGUUCAUGGAGGAGGUGGUGAAGAGGACCAAGGUCAUCCCUGUGGGGGACCCCCAGCUAGAGGCCACCCGCAUGGGGGCUCUGAUCAGCAGGCCACACCUGGACAAGGUGCUGGGCUUUGUCAACGAGGCUAAGAAACAGGGAGCCAAGGUGCUUUGUGGGGGUGAGCCGUUUGCUCCCAGCGACCCCAAACUGAAGGGAGGCUACUUCAUGACUCCAUGUGUGCUGGACAACUGUAGGGAUGACAUGACCUGUGUGAAGGAGGAGAUCUUUGGGCCCGUCAUGUCCGUCUUGCCCUUCGACACGGAGGAGGAGGUCCUGCAGAGAGCCAACGACUCCACCUAUGGCCUGGCCUCGGGCGUCUUCACCAGGGAUGUGGCCCGUGCUCACCGUGUGGCCGCGAACCUGCAGGCAGGAACCUGCUUCAUCAACAACUACAACGUCAGCCCGGUGGAGGUGCCCUUCGGUGGCUACAAGAUGUCAGGCUUUGGCAGGGAGAAUGGCCAGGUGACCAUUGAGUACUACUCUCAGCUGAAGACUGUGGUUGUUGAGAUGGGAGACGUUGACAGCCUUUUCUAACAAUAUGAGCCAACUGUGACCCAAGUCUCCUACCCUUCCCUUAGCACUGUGACUAAUGCUAGCUUCACAUACAAUAGUAACGUUCUUGCUUUUACUCUGUGUAAGGUCCAAACAUUUUUUUAUAAUGCAGCAUGGUAUUCCUAGUCGGCACUCCCCUGACCUUGAUGCAAAGCACGAGUGCAUUCAGAACCAUUUAGGAGUCCGGUUGUAUAAAGUUCCUUAUCACAAUUCAAGCUAACUGUUUAAGUACAUCAGAGGUUGUAGGUUCUAAAGAAAACAAUUUGACUCUGUCAUUUCUGUAAUCAGUGGUGCAUAGAUUAUUUGUAGUCCCGUUUCUUGUUAAAUAUACCUUCAUAGGGUGUGAAGUAUCCUAAGCAUUACAGACACUGACAGUUUUUCCACACAUUUAAAAUGUAUGUUAAGUGUUUUGUCACUUGUGAAAUAAAAAUAAUUAGUUUCGCAAAA